AUGUCUCCAUCACCACCUCCAGAAAUCUUAGUAGUGAUUGAGGUGACAGCACGGUCUGUAGCCCAAGUUGGCUUAGAGUUUGAGAAGGUGAUUUUGGAAAUUAAUCAUCGUAUUGAGUAUUCACCUUUCAAGCCUCCUGGUGACAAGAUUGUCUUAGAGGUUGAAAGGUCUGGUUUUUUGAAGAGUGCUGAUCAUCCAUAUCAUGAGUUUUAUCGGAAAAAGCGUGAUGCAUACCUUGCUCAGUGCCAAGCUGGGAUGAUUCAUUUCAGAGCACCUAUGUUCUAUGAUGUGAAGCCUCCUCCUAAUAGGGACGACCCUCCUCCUCCUCCUCUUUUCAAAAACCAUCCUCCAGAAGGCAUCACACUCGUCGAGCUCGGUUUGAUCAAAGUCACUGCUCAGUUUGUUGCACGCUAUGGGAAAGAGUUCUGGAACGCUUUGAUCGACAUGUAUAUGUUCCCUCAUUUCAGAUUUUUGAAGUGUAGUGACGAGAACUUCAGCUAUUACCAGGGACUUGUUGUUAUGUAUCAAAGAGUCUUGAGUCCUCUCCAUGUUGGUUUGGAUACUGAUGAAGCUCUCGGGGAGUUUUUCCGCUAUCUUCAGUUGGAAAAGCUGCAUGAGAACGUCGGCGAUUUACAUGCUUUAGUGUAUGGUCUUGACUGCAUGGACAAUGAUGCUUUUCCUCAUGUGGUGCCAUCCUUUUCACUUUGUAUGUUUCAUGCUGGUCUAGAUGAGGGUUACUUCCAACCUGAGUGUGUUGUUGAUGCUGGUCUAGAUGAGGAUUACUUCCAACCUGAGUGUGUAGUUGAUGCUGAAGCUGAAGCUGAAGCUGAAGCUGAUGAUACCAUUCCAGCGUAUAUGUUUCCCGUAAGGAUUCCACUCAAGGAGCUAGGUAUCAUUAAGCUUACUGCACUGUUUGUUGCUCGGUACGGAAAGAAUUUUCUUCGGGCGCUGAUGAUGAGAGAGGUCUUGAACCCUCACUUUGACUUUCUGUUUUUCCGUUGGGAUUCAUGGCCGCAUUAUCCGUCAAUGGAGCCAGCUGAAAUCUGGUCUCAUGUGUUCAAUGUGACUGUAUAUGCUUAUUCAAAUGUAAUCAUGCCUUCUAAAUUGGCCAACAACGUUGAUUAUCAUUGGGAGGAUGUUGUUGGUUAUUUUUUCCAAAGUCUUCAACUUGAGAAGCUGGAGGAGGGAGUGAAGGCGGCUAUGAUUGAUUUGCAUGCCUUUGUGGCAGGUGUUGACUAUCUUGCUCACAUACACGAGCCUUAUUAUUCUGGUAUCAUGUCACCACCUCAACGCCUUUCAGCUUUGAUAAAGAACCUGCAGCCAACACUACAAACGCAUCCUGGUAUACUUGUUCUGCUUCCCAUGGGACGUAAGACUAGUGACUACCCUCCUCUUAGCUCAAAGUCCCAGUGUGACCUCCUUGAAAACGCAUUUUCUCCAGGGAUUAGACCCGAUGAGCUUGGUGUGAUCAAGCUCACAGCGCAGUUUGUAACAAUGUAUGGGAUGUCUUUUCUGGAGGCUUUGAUGAAGAUAGCGCCUACUACGGAGAUUGAUUUUCUGAAUCUAACUCAUAUCAGGAGAAAGCUCUUUUUGGGGUUUGUUGAUGUGUAUUACUGUAUAUUGAAGACUUCCACAAAGGUGGUGAAAAGCGGUGAUCAUAUGGCCAAGGCUAUUGAGCUUUUCUUCCGUUGCCUUCAGUUGAAUAAGGUGAAAAAUGGAGUGGGUACCUCUGUGAUGGAGUUGUAUGCGUUUAUGAGUGGUCUUGAGUAUUUUACUUGCAUGGAUGUUACUGGCUACUCUGCUAUCAUGGCUGGACCUGAACGCCGUUCAGUGAUGAUGAACCGGCUAACGCAAAUGGAUACUGGUGGUGGUGGUCUUGAGUCUCUAACUCUGAGAACUCCCUUAUCGUUUCCGUCUACCUUUGAUGGAUCUGUCUCACCCCUUGAGAUUGGUAUUAUUAAGCUAACGGCUGUGUUUGUGGCACGGUAUGGGGUGCGCAUAUGUAAGGGAUUGAUGAAGAAAGUGGAUAUGAGACCAGUUUUGAAGUUCAUGGAGCCAAGUGAUGAAUGUUUCCAUCUUUAUAAGGUGGCUGUUGAUGCAUAUUCCAAAGUAGUAAAUGAUUCCGAUGAUGUUGAUACGGAGACAGUUGUUGAGAGGUAUUUCCAGUGUCUUGAGAUGAAGGAUGAUUUGGGUGAUUUGUAUGGUUUCUUGGAGGGUAUUGACUUGUUUGCUCAGAUGGAGGAUGAAAAAUUUUCUAAGGAAAUGGGGAACCAUCUAGUAGUACAUCUGUAUCAGUAUGAUGAGACCAUUUCAUUAGAGCCAGGGAGACAAAAGGUUGACGAGUCAGCUAGUACUCUCCUAGAGGGUACGUCUAGGAUUAAGGUUUGUGUUCCUACGGUGGAUGGAAGGAAAGUGAUUGAGAUAAUAGUGGAGUCGUGGUUAUUGGAAAAGGUGGCGAGUUUGAAGGAGAAGAUAGCGAAGAUGAUUCAAAUGCAAGCGAAUGAACUGAAGUUAAGGAGAAAAUCAGGACGUGUUUUGAAGGAAGACAAAUCACUUGCACAUAACGAUGUUGAAGCAGGAGAAAUCCUCACACUGACUUGGCGCAUUUCAAGGUGGAAUUAG